GACAAACACAACCCGGAAGCUAGAGGGCGGUGCUGCUGCUGCUCUGCUAAAGGCUGCUGGCGGUGUAACGAGCAGCCUCCACCAUGACAGCCAUAAAGCAUGCGCUCCAGAGGGAUAUCUUCACUCCCAAUGAUGAGCGUCUCCUCGGUAUCGUCAAUGUCUGCAAAGCUGGGAAGAAGAAAAAGAACUGCUUUUUGUGUGCCACGGUCACUACGGAGAGACCGGUUCAAGUGAAGGUAGUAAAGGUGAAGAAAUCUGACAAAGGGGACUUCUAUAAAAGACAACAGACCUGGGAGCUUCGGGACUUGACUGAAGUUGAUGCCAAAGAUGCAAGCAAGGAAAACCCUGAGUUUGACCUACACUUUGAGAAGGUGUAUAAGUGGGUGGCCAGUAGCACAGCUGAGAAAAACUCCUUCAUCUCCUGUAUUUGGAAACUGAAUCAGCGAUACUUGAGAAAGAAGCUUGAAUUUGUGAAUGUCAGUCCUCAAUUGCUGGAGGAAUCAGUGCCAAGUGGAGAAAGCCAGAGUGUUGCUGGGGGUGAUGAAGAUGCUCUUGAUGAGUACCAGGAACUCAGCACUCGUGAGGAGCAGGACAUCGAGGGCAUGAUGGAGAUAUGCGAGUAUGCCAUCUCUAACGCUGAGGCCUUUGCAGAGCAGCUUUCGAGGGAGCUGCAAGUCCUCGAUGGGGCCAACAUUCAGUCCAUUAUGGCAUCAGAGAAGCAGGUUAAUAUCCUGAUGCAGCUUCUGGAUGAAGCUCUGACUGAGGUCGACACGAUUGAGGGCAAACUGAGCAGCUACGAAGAGAUGCUGCAGAGCGUGAAGGACCAAAUGGAUCAGAUCUCUCAGAGCAACCGUCUCAUCCAAAUCAGCAACACCAACAAUGGAAAACUACUUGACGAGAUUCAGUUCUUAGUGAAUUAUCUAGACUUGUCGAAGGGACACAUCAGGGCGUUACAGGAGGGAGAUCUGACGUCUCCUAAAGGGAUUGAAGCCUGUAUCAACGCUUCUGAAGCUCUUCUGCAGUGCAUGAAUGUGGCACUCCGACCAGGUCAUGACAAGCUGUCAGCAGUAAAACAGCAGCAGCACCUGUUCGCGGAGCUCAGAGACACCUUUGCCCGGCGUCUCACGAAUCACCUCAACAAUGUGUUUGUUCACCAGGGACAUGACCAGAGCUCCACACUGUCCCAGAACACUGCAGAGUUGACACUGCCCAAACACAGCCCCCUGCACAGAGACCUGCUGCGUUACGCUAAACUCAUGGAGUGGCUGAAGAACACACAUAAGGAGAAAUACGACGGCCUAUCCAGGACCUAUGUUGAUUACAUGAGUCGGCUGUAUGAACGUGAAAUUAAAGAUUUCUUCGAAGUAGCCAAGAUCAAGAUGGCAGGAACAAGCAAGGAGGCAAAGGGCAAGUUUGCCACGCUUCCUCGGAAAGAGAGUGCACUCAAAGCGGAAACAGAAAGCCUCCAUGGCAGCUCUGGGAAACUCACCGGCUCCACCUCCAGUCUGAACAAACUCACUGUUCAGGGCUCCAACAGCAGACGCUCCCAGUCCUCCUCCCUGCUUGAUAUGGGAAACAUGUCUGCCUCGGAUUUGGACGUAGCUGACAGGACCAAAUUUGACAAGAUUUUUGAGCAAGUUCUCAGUGAGUUGGAGCCCUUAUGUCUUGCUGAACAGGACUUUAUCAGUAAAUUCUUUAAACUGCAACAGCACCAAGUUGUCAUACCUCCACUCGCCCAGCCUGAGACAGAGGAGCCUGACGGAGGUGUGCAGACAAGAUUACCUCAUCACACCGAACACAGACACUCCUUAUCAUCUGAGAAAGACAUGGUGCGUCUGAUGAUGAAUAAAAUUUUCCAGAGUAUAGAGACAGAGCUGAACAGUCUCAUAGCUUUAGGGGACAAGAUCGACAGCUUCAACUCCCUGUACAUGUUAGUGAAAAUGAGUCACCACGUUUGGACAGCGGAGAACGUUGACCCUGCCUCAUAUCUCAGCACGACUUUGGGAAAUGUGCUGGUCACCGUCAAGAGGAACUUUGAUAAAUGCAUUUCUGGUCAGAUAAGACAAAUGGAAGAAGUUAAAAUCUCAAAGAAAAGCAAAGUUGGUAUACUGCCUUUUGUUACUGGAUUUGAAGAGUUUGCAGAGUUGGCUGAAACCAUUUUUCGUAAUGCUGAACGCCGUGGGGACCUGGACAAAGCUUAUGUCAAACUUAUCAGAGCCGUAUUUAUGAAUGUGGAGAAAGUGGCCAAUGAAAGCCAGAAGACGCCACGUGAUGUUGUAAUGAUGGAGAAUUUUCAUCACAUCUUUUCAACACUGUCACGUCUAAAGAUCUCAUGUUUGGAUACAGAGAGACGUGAAGCUAAGCAGAAAUAUACAGAUCAUCUCCAGUCAUAUGUCAUAAACUCUCUGGGUCAGCCUCUGGAAAAACUCAAUCAUUUCUUUGAAGGAGUGGAAGCACGUGUAGCUCAGGGCGUCCGUGAGGAGGAGGUUAGCUAUCAACUGGCCUUCAACAAACAAGAACUUCGCAAAGUUAUCAAAGAAUAUCCUGGCAAAGAAGUGAAAAAGGGACUUGACAACCUCUACAGGAAAGUUGACAAACAUCUGUGUGAAGAAGAAAGUCUACUCCAAGUGGUGUGGCACUCCAUGCAAGACGAGUUCAUCAGACAGUACAAGCACUUUGAAGAUUUAAUAGGCAGGUGCUACCCAGGCUCUGGAAUCACCAUGGAGUUUACCAUUCAGGACAUGCUGGAGUACUUCUCUAGUAUUGCCCAAUCACACUAAAUGCUCUACAACAAUGACUCCAUCCGCUACAUGAUACUGCUUGUUAGUGUAUAUAAAGACAUUUCUUUGGUGUGAGUGAAUGAAUGAGUGCAUGUGUGUAGUUUUUUUUUGCUUAUAAUAUAUUAAAGGGAGCAAAUUUGUAUUAGAUUCAACACAAAUUAAAUAUUAAUCAUGUCAUUUGUUAUUCUUUUGCCAUAUGUAUAUAUUAAAUCUUAAGUUGCUAUUGCCU